GGAGCAUCCGGCCGCCGGAUUUUGACAACUGUGUUAGGGAUGACGGAGUACAUAUAUUGGCUCAUGCACUUUGCACUAUAAUUAAAAGUUGUCCCCUUCGCUUCCGCUUCCACUUCCACUCUCCCACCCUUCCAUCUGAUCAUAUCUUCAUCCCCCUACUCUACUCUACUCUACUCUUACUAGGAAAGAGACCUUGAUACCCCGCACCUGCUUGUCCUCCUUGUUUUUUCUUCAGCUUUCUCACCUCCCUCUGCACCACUUCUGUUCUCAGCCCGGCUGGCUGCAUUUCUCCUCCUUUGCUAAUUUUUUAUCAUAGUACUUGCCGCUUCUGAGAAUUUUGUUGGUAUCUGCGCCGUUGAUCAUUCAGUGGUAUACAGUAUUGGUGAUUAUUGAACUACUCUCCAGUCUCCUCGCACACUUGCUUCCCAUACCCAGUCAGGCAGACGCAAAAUCAUCUAGUUAUGGUUUUUCGUUCGUGAAGUUUUGGUCUACUAAAAGAUUUUACCGUCUCUUUUUAAAAAAUUCAGCUCUGCGACUGCUAGAAUAGCUGACUUAACAGUAGAUGGAUUCCAGAACGCCUCAGAGUAGGCCGAACAAGAGGCCUAUUGAUAAAGAUUCCAGCCAGGGCAGAUCAAUAAAGAGGUUCUUUCCUGCAGAAGGUGAUCAAUUAAGUGCAGAAAAGGUUUUCAAAUUUCGGGUUCUUUUGCCUAAUGGCACCAGUGUGGACCUGAACCUCCGCCGACCUGGUGCUGAAAUGACUCUGGAGGAGUUUGUUCAUACGGUGAAGCGCGAGUACUUCAGUGUUGUGAGACAGACAGAGGCUUCUAAGCCAAGAAGCAGUAUAAACUGGUCGAGUCAAGAUUUUCAUUUAUUUGAUGCUAAUGCCAACCCGAUUAGCAAGAAACUGGUUUUGAACAACUUCAGGCGUAAUAGUAAAAAUCCCAACAUUUUGCUUCUUCAAGAUGGUUCGGCAGAAAUAGGAAAAUACGAGAACAUGUGGGAUCUAACACCAGAUACAGAUCUACUGAGGGAACUGCCUGAGCAUUACACCUUCGAAACUGCCCUUGCAGACUUGAUAGAUAAUUCCUUGCAGGCAGUGUGGUCUAACGGCAGAAAUGAGAGGAGGUUAAUUAGGGUGGAAUUGGCACAAGAUAAAAUUGAAAUUUUUGAUACAGGCCCUGGGAUGGACGGAAGUGAUGAAAAUUCCAUAGCAAAGUGGGGAAAGAUCGGGGCAUCUUUGCAUAGAUUAGCGAGAGAACAGGGCAUAGAAAGCAAACCUCCAUAUCUAGCGCCUCUCUUCGGUAUGUAUGGUUAUGGAGGACCAUUUGCAACUAUGCACUUGGGAAGGCGUGCUUUAAUUUCCUCCAAGACAAAGCGAUCGAAGAAAGUUUAUAUGUUACAUCUAGAAAGAGAAUCUUUGCUCAGCUCUAGCUCAGGACAGACUUGGAGGGCAAAUGGUGGUCUUAGAGACGCUGACAAAGAUGAAUUAGAGAAAGCUUCCCAUGGAAGUUUCACAAAGGUUGAGAUCUUCAAUACUGAACAGAGAAGUAUGAAGAUGAAACAACUUAAGUGCCGACUGAAGGAUAUCUAUUUCCCGUACAUUCAGUGUGAUGAAUUAUCCAGGACAGGCAAAACCCAAAUGCCUAUUGAGUUUCAGGUUAAUGGCAUUGGUUUGGCAGAAAUAUUAGGUGGCGAGGUAGCUGUGACGAAUGUAAACUCUUGUAAUGGGCCUGAUUUUACUUUGCAAUUGCAUUUGACCAAGGAUGCUAGUCAAGCUACAUCAUCUUCAAACCCAGGAUACACUGCACCUCGGGAAGCAAAUGCACGCCUUAAAUGUGUCUAUUUUCCUAUCACUCAGGGUAAAGAGAGCAUAGACAAAAUAUUGGAGGAACUGAAACGGGAUGGUUGUGGUAAUACAGAAGACUUCAAGACAUUCAGUCGGGUUUCUGUUCGACGACUGGGUCGACUGCUUCCAGAUGCACGUUGGGUAUUGCUUCCAUUUAUGGAGCCUAAGCAUAAAAAGGGAGAGCACGGACAGAUCUUGAAGAGAUGCUGCUAUCGUGUGAAAUGCUUUAUAGAUACUGAUGCUGGUUUCAAGCCAACACCUUCCAAGACGGAUUUAGCUCAUCAAAAUCCGUAUACCAUUGCGUUAAAAAGUUUUGGGAAAAAGCACCUUGAGAAAGAGAAAGAUGUACAUAUUGAAAUUAAUAAAGAUGGAAAAGAGCUGAAUCUUGCAAAACUGGAGAAGCUAUAUGAAGACUGGAUUAUUAGUAUGCAUAAGAAAUACGAUGAGGAAAUCGGUAGCGGCAAUGAUGAACCAACUUUUGUGGUUAAUCCUUCCGAUAAGCAAGAACUUGGCAUCUCUUCUAAGGUUAUAAGGGUUCACAAAGUUUUUCGGAGGAAAGGAGCAAUUUGGAAAUCUGGACAGAAGAUAAAAAUUCUCAAGGGAGCAUAUGUUGGUCACCAUAAAACCAAUUCCUAUGCUACAUUAGAGUUUGUUAUCCUUGAAGGAUGGGAGGGGGAUGCAGGAGGUGAAGCUCGACUUAUUUGCAGGCCAAUCAGUAUUCCGGAUGAAAGUGGUUGCAGACUUGUUUUUUAUAAUGAAAAUCCAAGCAUAAAAAUUGGCGGCUCUAUCUCUUUGCCAGUUAAUGUGAUUGAUUCUGGAAAGUGUGUAACCAUUGAUGACGCUGAGUGGGAAAACCAACUUCAGAAGCAUAGUCUGAAAGUGCCAUCCUCUAUCAGUCUAUUGAGUGCUAAAGAUUGUCAAGAAUUGGGAAUCGGAGGGGCACUUCCUGAUAAUGUAGUUUGUGCUGGUUGUGAUCCUCCAGAGGAAAUAGUUGCAGUUGUUCGUCCUGCCUCUUUUAGUUGUGCUGUCAAAUCCAAGAAUCUGGACCGAAAGUACAUAGUUCAAGAUGAACUUGAAAUGACAAUGGAUAUAAAAUUCAGAGCUGUACAUGUGGAUAGUGACAAUAUUAAUAUUUUUUCUAUGAAAGUAACGCCUUCAAUAUGGGAAGAUUGCCGUGGCUUUUAUAUAUUUCAACUAGGAAAUAAGCGACCAAAUUUAUUUCAAAAAGCUGGUCUCUAUACGUUCUUAUUUUGUGUUAAAGGGCGGAGAGGUUUAACUUUUGAGAAGAAAGUUAAAGUAAGAGCAUUAUCUAAGGCUGGAAGUUGGAGACCAAAUGAACAACAGAAGCACUUAAAUACUGAGAAUGCAAGUGUUCGUACUCCAUGCUCAAAAGGAAAGAGCUUGCUUCGCCAGGAAUCCUCUGAAUUAGAGGCUCUGUGUAAUAGCCGCCAUCAUGCUGCACAAAAAAGAAUUUUGCUUCUUCGAGACUCAUCUGAACCUUCAGACAUGGGAAACUUAAUCGAAUCCAAAAUGAAUCAUCGUGAGAAUCUUCAUCCACAGGAACUCCCUGAAUCGGAGUCCGAGGGAGAUGAUCCCCAUCAAUCUGCAGAGAGAAGGAAAUUGCUCCCUCCAGACUUCGCUUCAUCUUCAGUCAUGGGAAACAAAGUCAAAUGUGAAAUGAAGGAUCAUGAGGAGCUUUGGGAUGAGCUUUGCCAGUAUGGUUUAUGCAUCAAACAACGGGAAAUGAAUAUAGAAUCACUCAAUCUUCUGCUGUCAGAUAUUGAGCGAGACAUGUCCAACUUGCAAGGCUCUCCGUAUCUUGACCUCCAUGAUUUGGAGCGCACAGCUGGAAAAAAGUUAGUUGCAGAACAGAUUGUUUGCAGGGGUGAUUCUGCAGCUGCUGUUAUCUGCAGAUUAUUCCAAUCGGUGACUUAUAAAGAGAAGGGAAUUGAUUUUGCAGACAAAGUUCUAGGUGUGGUUGCACUUCUAGGAACGGUUCAAACCCAUGAUCUUAGCAGGAUAUUUGCACAGUAUCUUGGUGAACAUCAAAUGCUUGCUAUAGUCUGCAAAUCCUAUGCAGAUGCAGCAUAUCUUGAGAAGCAUGACCCUGAUGGACGAGUGAAUAAUGCCUACGGUCUUCAUGAGCUUGCGACGAAACUUGGGAUAUCUAUAAACAGACAAUACCAUGUCUUAUGCGUUGAAAACAUAAGGCCAUAUGCGGGGGAUUUUUGUAGUGAUCCUCAAAGAUACCUUUCGUUGCCAGAACCUACCUUACCAAAUGGAAAGCCUCCACCAGGGUUUUUGGGUUAUGCCGUUAAUAUGAUAGAACUUGACGUGAACUUCUGGUUUUGGAGGACUGCUUCAGGUCAUGGUCUCCGGGAGACAUUAUUUUAUCGCCUGUUUGGUGAACUGCAGGUCUAUGAAAACAGGCAAUGCAUGAACAUGGCAAGCUGUUGUAUAAAAGCUGGUGCAGUGUCACUAGAUGGUGGAAUACUCCGAGGAAAUGGAGUUAUAUCCCUUGGACACCGGGAACCGGAUGUUAAGUUUCCGGUACUUCCACUAGAUAGCCAGAGGUACUUUUCUCCACGAAAAGUGGAAGUUCUAAAGGAGAUUGAAGCUAAGAAGCAAGAGCUAAGAGAGACAAAUUAUAAGCUCAAAGCAGAACAGAGAACACUCGGAGAAGUAAUGAAGAAGUUUAAAGAAACGAAAGAAAGAUACCAAAGUUUGUUGGAUGAAAAGGAAAAAUCAUUGAGCGGCCUUACCAUGCAAAUUCUAAACCAAUGACUCGGACAGCUUUUCUACUUUAACAAUCUCUUCAUCGCGCAGGUAGCCAUCUUCAAGACUAGCAGCGUGGAGGUUUUAUGGCUAGAAGUUCCCAUAGCCAUUUUCCUGAACUGUUAACAUUUUAUUUGCUGUUGAUGCAUUGCUUCAUUAACCUUGUAUCUAAUUUCCAGUGCUUUGCAUAAUGUAUAUAAUAUAUCCUGUUCAAGAUUGCU